GCCCAAAUUUUAACGGGCUAAAUCUCACCAAACAAACAACUGAGGCCCAAAUUAGAAUGCUUUAAAACCUUGGCAAAACCCUUCUCCGCCGCUUUGCUCGCUCAUCAUCCUCCUCCUGCAGCAACAGCUCCUCACAACUAUAAUCCAAUGGCGUCAGAGAAGAAGUUGAGCAACCCAAUGAGGGAUAUUAAGGUUCAGAAGCUAGUCCUUAACAUCUCCGUCGGUGAGAGCGGAGAUAGACUCACAAGGGCAGCCAAGGUCUUGGAGCAACUAAGCGGCCAAUCCCCUGUUUUCUCCAAGGCUAGGUAUACUGUGCGAUCCUUCGGAAUCAGACGUAAUGAGAAGAUAGCUUGCUAUGUCACUGUCAGAGGAGAGAAAGCUAUGCAACUCCUUGAGAGUGGAUUGAAAGUCAAGGAAUACGAGUUGUUGAGAAGAAACUUCAGUGAGACUGGAUGCUUUGGUUUUGGUAUUCAGGAGCACAUCGAUCUUGGAAUUAAGUAUGACCCUUCAACCGGUAUCUAUGGUAUGGAUUUCUAUGUUGUGCUAGAGCGCCCAGGAUACCGUGUUGCUCGUCGUCGUAGGUGCAAGUCUCGUGUUGGAAUUCAGCACAGGGUAACAAAGGAUGAUGCAAUGAAGUGGUUCCAGGUCAAAUAUGAAGGUGUUAUCCUUAACAAAUCCUCAAACAUUUCGUAAGUUGAAAUCCACUGUUGGAUCAGUUUGUCUCCGAGCAAGUUUUUUAUGUUUUUUGUAGACCAACAUUCAAUACUCUUAGACGAGUUAAAAAGUUUUGGAGAUUUUAUGUUA